AUGGCCGGGAUUAAGGAUCCGACGGAGCCACCGAAGGUGGAACAACUGAAUCAAGAGGGCGAACGAGUGAACGCUAUCGUUAAGAGAAGUUUGGCAGACUUGACGAAUAUUUAUAUGGAAGAUUUUUUCCAGUUUUCGAGAGACAUGACGCAGUCUUUCAGGUUGAUGUUAGACAAUUUAAGAAUUCGUUUCGAACAGUUCCGUGAUGAAAAUCAAUCCAUAUUCGAUUUGUUCUCGAUCGCGCAACUGCAGAAGUGGACCCAGCGAGAACAUUGUCUACCGGAAUGGCUGACCAUUGUUGUUUUAUUUGUGCAACCAACGAAGGGCUCUUUUUGGACGCGGCCGACAACAAACAGAUAUGCGAAUGGAUUGAACGCUGUCUGCACAACAAGCCUGAUACCAGCAGUGGAUCGAGCGUCGAUAAAAGUUUGCCAUAAGUGUGCUUUCGAGUUUAAUCAAUGUAGCUCUUUUCUAAAAAAGUACGAACAGUACAGAAGGUCGGGGACAAACAAUAAGAAAGGCUGUGUUAUAUGCCGUCAAACUGAGAAGACCAAACCAAUUUUUGAUCUCAGUGAUGACACGAAUUUUCAACAGAAGUCUUUCAAUAAAAUACAAAAAGUCCUUAAUAAUGAGUUUGAAACGUCUAUUGAGGACUUCAAGUUCAUGUGUAUAGCUUGCCUUUACGCAACAGACGUACUGUUAGAUCUACAGCAUAUAUGUAAGAGAACUUCAACUCAUUUGACGGAUAUCACCAACAAAGAAAUUGAUUAUUUAACAUUUCCCAAGACAGAUACAGCUAUUGCAAGCCGCAAAACUACGAGUACAGAGUCUUCUAAAGUGACUUUGCAAGAGUUGGAAAACAAGAUGAUACGCACAAGGUCACGAAAUAACAAAUCAAACGACGAAGAGUCUCAGAAGAAAACAAGAGAACGCUGCAAUGUAUGUCACGGGUUUAUCGACUUGUUAACCAAACGUGGAAGGUUGAUCGUAGACGUAGUAAGUGGUGUAUGUGCAACUUGUCAACAUAAAGGUAGAAAAUCUGAAAGACUAACAAAAUUGACUAAAAAACAGAAUUUCUCGGGGACUAAAGAUUGCGCAGUUUAUUUGAAAGAUGUGUUGAAAAAUAAUGAAACGAAGGAACAACAGGUUAAUAAGAUCGAGGAAGAUAUUGAGGAUAGUAAGACAUCCGUCGUGAAGGAGAAAAAUUCGAAACCCGAGAAGAAAUUCGAGAAAAAAGAGAAACGGAGUAAGAAACGUUUGGUUGAAACUGAAAACGAAGACACGUCCAAUGAAGAAGUGCCUAAGAAGAAAAAGCAGAAGACCGCUAAAGAAAGCAAGGAACAUCAGGUUCACGAAGUCGAUGAAGAUCUCGAGGAGAGUAGUAAGACUAUCGCCGUGAAGGAGAAAGAUUCGAAGAUCGAGAAGACAUCCGAAAAGAAAGAGAAGCGGAGUGUGAAACGCUCAGUUGAAACUGAAAACGAAGACACAUCCAGUGAAGAUGUGCCUAAGAAGAAGAAACUGAAGGCGGUUGAAGAUCCAUCGAAUGAUUCCGAUUCAAGUUCGAUCGGUCUACGAAUGAGGCAGUUUAGACGGAGGAACGUUGAACCUGUAUCAAAACCUGCAAGGUUAACCAGAAGGCAACAAGUGAUCGCCUCAUCCUUGACCGAUGCCGAGACAAAUAAAGAAGAAGAUCGUCUAAGAACAAAAAGAAACUUGAAAGGUAUCGACGAAAGCGGCAAAUCAUCGACACAAAAGAGGAAAAGAAUUGUGAGCACAAGCUCUUCGUCGGAUCCAACAGAACAAACUGAAUCUGAAACAAAGAACGCACGAUCUACAGUAGAAUCUGAUAAAGAAGAUAUAUUCAGAACGGAGACAUACAUUUGCGAUGAAUGCGGAGCUAGUUACGAGAAUAAGCUCAUCAGCUUGUCGCAUAAGUUGUCACACUAUAAACAACUGAAAUUACAGUUACCAAGAAUAAAUCCAGAAAGUUUAUUGAAAGGAGCAUCCGAUGCAUGCAAGGUGGAUGAUCAAAUCGAAGAACCGUUGGACAAUAUAAGAAUUACGAUAGACGACGACGAAGAGGAGGUUGCGAUAAACGAAAACAAAUCUGUGCACAAUGAUUCUAGUGUUGGAGAUGAUACUAAAGAUGUUCCUCGGAGAGAAACGAUAGAAGAGGAUAACGUUGAUAUGACGCUUGUAAUGAAAGAUGACGAUGACGUAGAAACUCAAAAAGAUACAACGUUUGUGGAAGACGUAGACACGAAUACCAAUAACUCCUUGACACAAGACAAAAAUAAGAAGGUUGAUGAUAAGAGAAGAUCAAAUGAAACGAAUGAAAACAACAAUGAUAAGCCGGAUAAAUCUCUGAUGGAAGCAGAGGAUGUAAAUAAGACUUCUGAAGAAGAACAAAGUGUUAUGAACGGCCAUAUCGAAGAUGUACAAGAGCAAAGUAAAGUGGUUGAACGAGACGGAGAUACAGAAAAUAAGAGUAUGGCCGAGAACAAGGAAAAUGAAAGUAUGGUAGAGGAUAAAGAAAAUGAAAGUACGGUAGAGGAUAAAGAAAAUAAAAGUAUUGCAGAGGACGAAGGAAAUAAAAGCAUGGUAGAGGACAAAGAAAAUAAAAAGAACAAAGAAAAUAAAAGUACGAUAGAGGACAAAGAGAAUAUUGAAAACAUUGAUCAAGCAGAAGAGGAGACUCUAAGAGAAAAUAAUGAAAAAGAGGGAGAAAUUGAAGCUGUACAAAAAGAGCGAGAAAUUGAACAAACAGAGAAAGACAAACAUGCGAUAGGAGAUAUCGAAAAUGAUGAAAAAGAAAAAGAGAAUAAGAUGGUCGAGCCGGAACAACGAAAUUUGGACAAACCUAGUACGAAUAUUGAUAAUUCUAUAGUAGUGGAAGAUGACUCCCCUAAGGAAUCGAAUGAGAAUGACAGUGAAAUCCAAGAAUUGGAUAACGGAGUUGACGUACAGUCAGAUCAGAUGGGCACUUCUAAAAAAAAAUCGCUCGAAUCUGAGAAAAUGGAAUCGGCGAAAGGAAAUGUUAUAGACAUAUGCGACUCCGAUUCCCAAGACUCGGUAGUUUUGCAGGCUGAGUUAAAUAUCGUCGAGGAUGAGGACACUGUCAUAGUUCUCGAGGAUGAGAAAGGGAAAAGAAAAAAGUCGAUGAGCGAUUCGGCAAACGCGGCAGCGGAAGUGUUGCAGGAAGUCCUUGAUUUGGCCAGCGCAGAAUUUCAGAAGCGGCUGGAGAACAUGAAUACGAACAACGAGGACGAUGCCGUUGAGGCGGAGACGUUAGAGAAUAUAUCACGUGAAGUGAAUAACGGCGUCGAUACUCUCGGAAGCGAGGGUACUAAAAGCGGGAGCUCUAAUCUCGUGGAAUAA